AUGACAUACAGCCGUGCUAUCGCGUUGUCCAAGAAAGAAUUAGUGAAGGAAGGGCUUGAUGCUAAAGAUUACGGACUUCACAGUUUACAAUCUGGCAUGGUAGUGCUACACGCCUACAACUGCAGCUGCUCUCGGUAUUCCAGACCGCCUGCUACAGAG